AUGACAACUAUUGACCGUUUGGGCCUUCUUGGAAUUCGAAGCUAUGGCACAGAUGAUGAAACAUUCAUCAAGUUCUACAAGCCCCUCACCAUAAUUCUCGGUCGCAACGGGAGCGGAAAGAGUACAAUCAUUGAAGCUGUAAAGAUGGCUACCACUGGUGACCUCCCGCCAAUGGUAGACAAUGGCGCCGCAUUUAUACACGAUCCCCGAGUACACAAUGAAACCGAGACUAAAGCAAAAAUUCGUCUCUUAUUUACCAACGUCCGUGGCGAUCAGUACGUGGUUUCAAGGCAUUUUCAACUCUCUCUAAAGAAAGGGCCUCGCAGCAUUGGGUAUAAAACAGAGUUCAAGACUAUUGACCAAACCGUGAAGAGAAUGGAUGGCGGUGCAGCAUCCUCCUUCCGAUGCGCGGACCUGAACGCCUUACUACCAGAGAUUAUGCGCGUCACGAAGCCCGUACUCAACAAUGUCAUAUUCGUUCACCAAGAAGAUUCCUUAUGGCCGCUAGGGAAGUCUCAAGAGCUGAAGUUGAAGUUUGAUCAAAUUUUCGCUGCCACUCGGUACACGAAAGCCCUUGAUACUAUCCGCAAGCUCAGAAGAGAGCAGGCUGCAGAUCUGAAAACCGUCAAAGUAGAACUGCUGCACUACGAGGACAAAGUCAAAGCAUUAGAGAAAGUGCGAGGUGAGGUCGAUGAGACUAGGGUGAAGCAUGAUGAACUCCAGCGAGGGGUUGACACUCUCGACAACACUAUUGCAGGUUUGGCGACAGAUAAACAAGCAGCGGAACUGACCGCUCAAGAGUACAAUGAGUGUCGGUCGAAGCUAACAGAGUUAAACGUGGAGCGCGAGCUUGUGGAAAGGUACAAGUCCGAAAACCUUUCGAAGAUGAGCAUGCAUGUACCAGAUAUGAGUGAUGAAGCUCUCAAUUCUGAGAUAGAUGACUUGAAACGCUUACUGACAGGUGUCGAGGGCGAGCGAACAGAACGUUGGAACCGAAUUCAAAAGUUACGAAGCCAUCUCGAAAUGAAACGCGAGGAAGUCAAAUCCAGACAGAGUCGGAAAGGCACACUCGAACAGGUUGCCAAGGAACAGUCCAAUCGAGUCUCGCGGUUGGAAUCCAUGAAAGAAGAGUUAGAUUCCGCUGAUUACUUCAGGAUGACGAAGGUCUCCCACAAAGAACCUCUUUCCCUUCCUCCUCGAACUGCAAGGCUACAAGAGUGGACGGAUGCGAUCAGUAACCUACAUAAAGAAGCUGAAGAACAAUUCAGAUUGACGUCAGAAGAUUGCAACAUGAAACUCGACGCAGCUACUAACAAUUUGAAUAAUGCUAAGUGGCGCGUUCGGGAGGGCCAGUCGACUUAUGAGCGAAAAACUGAAGAGGUCCGGGUGAAGAAAGCAAGAUUAUUCGAUGUUCGGCUCAUUUUACGAGAGCUCAGUGAUUCAAAUACUUCCUUGAAAGAGGCGGAAGGUAGGCUUGGGGCUGCGAAAAAUGCCUUGAAUGAGAAGAAAAGGAACGCAGCCAUACCGAGAAUCGCUGCAGAAAUUCACUUCAAAAAGAAAGAAGUCGUCACGUGCACAGAAGAGUUAGACGGCUUGCGGGAAGCCCGGCAAAGACUGCAGGACUAUCAGAAUGAGCACGCCAAAUAUGACAUUUUCAGGGACUUGGAGAAAAGAAAGAAGACACGAAUGGAGGGAGUCGUUGAAGAUUUUACGGAUCUGAUUGCUUCUGCUGUCACUGAGCUAUGCCUCGACAAAGAAGAAACGUCACUGCUCUUGAACGGAAUGCUUCCGAGCAGUACCAAUAUAACGCUGGCUCAUGCGGACCGUUUAAGAAAUAGCAUUUUGGAAGCUACUGACGACAUGCUCUCGCGGAAGGAUGCGUCUAUUCGACAGGCAGAGCGAUAUCUCAGUAUUGCGAAUGCGAAUCUGAAAUCGGCCUCCCUCCGAAAGGCAGAGGCGACAGAUCAGUUUGAGGGAAUAUCACAGCGGGUCAAAGACAUGUCAAGCAAACUUUCGGAAGCGUCAGCUUCUAUCGGUGCACUUCCGAAGGCUGUCAUCUCCGUGGAACCAGUCCUGAAAGUUCUUCGAGAAAGUCUUACCCUGUCUGGUUCAGCUCCAUAUGCACUUCGGAAGGAACAUCUAUCUGUUGUCCAGCAAGCGGUGGAUGCGGCGGAGUUGGCUGUAGUUAAGGCGAAUCAGAAGACCUCCCAACUGGAAAGCGGAGCACUGUUAGCUGAGGAUGAGUUAGAAACUUUUGAACAAGAUCCGAAGCAUCGGUGCCCAGCCUGUGGAUUGGGAUCGUCAAAGAAGGUGGACGACAUGCGAAGAAAUUUGAAGAGUCGCAUCCAAUAUCUGAAAGACCCAGAAAGUUCUAAAGCUGCUGCGCGGGAGCUGAUAGAACUUGACCACUUGUCGCGUACUCUAAAGAGCACGCAGACAACGGGGUUAACGGCCGUGGCUAAUUUGCUUACGUACGAUGCAGCGGAAGCGAAGCUUUUGGAGUCGAACAACGCUUUGAAGGAGUGCGAGAAAAAGGCAAGAGAAGCGGAAGCCGCACUAGGCGACUUACAGGCAAGAUUCGGCGUGGGGUCUGCCAUGGAUCAAAUUUGUUCAAAGCGUUUAGAGUUGAAGCAAGUAUGCGUUGAUUGGAAGCGUGCCGCCAAUGAUGUUGUGACCUUGAAGGCUGAGUUAUCAGCUACCUCGAGCGAUGCUCGAUCGCUUUCUAAAAUUGAUGAGGACAUUAAAGGCGGCGAGGACAGAAUGAAGAAUCUACUGGACGAUAUUGACAAGAAUUCUCGGGCCUUGGAACGCGAAAGAGAUAACCUCCACCGAAUAGAAAAUCGAUUCCAUGCUUGCGAGAAGCAAUGUUUGAACCUGCACAUCGCAGCAGAGGAUCACAUGCGCCUCAAAAAGGAAAAGGAGGAGCUUUCAAAAUUCAUUCGUGAGACAGAGUUGGAGACGGAAACUCUUCAAGAGAGUCUGAAUUCAUUGCAGCUAGCAUUAGGGCAUGCCGAAGAAGAACAAGUCACAACUCGAGUAGAAAAUGACUUGACUCUGAAAGAAGCUAACGCGGUUCUGUCCAAGAGAAAUGUUGCGCUGCAAAGGUGGAAUGAUUGCGUGACCAGGGUCGAAGCAUUCAAUCGGUCAAGGAAUGCCGAUGAUCUUAAAAACAUCGUUGCCUCGCUUCAAUCACUCGAGCAUGAAAUCGAGUGUCUCGAAAAUGAUCUGCAGGGGCACGAAAAUGAACAAGACACAGCGUCUACAUCGAAAGAGGAUAUAGAGUCCAAAAUUCGAAACCUCCGAGAUAACCAAAGCUUUCGGAUUGACGAGCGGAAAGUUCAAGUCAUUAAUCGAAGUGCGAAGCAUAUACAAGAUGAUAUAUCCUCAUUAGAGCGGGCGUCAGGAGGUAAUCCCAACGACAAAGUCAAGGAACUGACCGCUAGAAUAAAUUCGAGAAACGAAACAAGAGCCAAUAUUAUCGGGCAGAGGCAAGCCAUCCUCAAUCAAUAUAAGGUAAAGAAGAAAGAAAUGACUCAUGCAGAAGAGCAAGGAAGCAGAGGCAAGUUCGAUGAAGCUCGGAUCCGAAAACAGACGAUGGAACUCGCCUCAAGUGAUUUGAACAAGUAUCAUCGCGCGCUGGACCAAGCUCUCAUGGCGUUCCACACCUUGAAAAUGAAUUCUAUAAAUCGAACAAUCAAGGAACUCUGGCAACAGACAUAUCGUGGGAAUGACAUCGAAGAAAUCGAGAUUGUUUCGGAUCAUGGAGCCCCUCGUUCAAACACCACAGGAGCUCCGACGCGGACAUUUAAUUACCGAGUGCAAAUGCGCCAAGGACAGGCCACUUUAGACAUGAGAGGAAGAUGUAGCGCGGGGCAGAAAGUGUUAGCAUGUCUCGUUAUCCGCUUGGCUCUUGCAGAGAGCUUUUGCACAGAUUGCGGAAUCUUGGCUUUGGAUGAACCAACGACUAACCUUGACAGAGAAAAUAUUGAAAGCCUCGCCAAAGCGCUAAGAGCCAUCAUUGAGAGUCGGAGAAAGCAACGAAGUUUCCAACUAGUUCUGAUCACACACGAUGAAGAGUUUAUAGAUUUGAUUGGAGCUCGAAACUUCUGCAAUGAGUUCUUUAUGAUCUACAAGGACAAGCAGGGCAUAUCUCAAGCACGUGUUCAAGAUUUACGAGAGAUGUAAAACGAACAUCUGACAUCUCGACCGAUGUCCAUUUGGUUCGAGUUGAAUGAACUUGACCUGCCCCUCUACUGCAUAGCAGGUCGCUAGAUGCAAACGAUGGAUGGGAAGAGAAUGUGUUGCUGAUCCCAUAUCACAAUAAAUAUCCUCUAGUGGCUAUCGGACCAUUGUUCUCGUAUCGUAUGGACAUUUUUCGGCUUAA